GGACGCGCGCGCCGGCACGUUCCAGGCGCUGGAGCUAUUUGGCCAACAGCUGCUGCAGGGCGGACACUACGCCAGCGUCGACAUUCAGGAGAAGCUCAACAACAUGGGCGACGCACGGCAGGAAUUGGAGAAGGCGUGGGUGAGCCGUCGCAUGAAGCUGGACCAGAACCUGGAGCUGCAGUUGUUCUACCGCGACUGCGAGCAGGCGGAGGGGUGGAUGGCGGCGCGCGAGGCGUGCCCCUGGCAGCGCCGUGGACUCGCUUCCGACUACGCGCAGCCCGACAACGUCGAGCAGCUCAUCAAGAAGCACGAGGACUUCGACAAGGCCAUCAACGCGCAUGAGGAGAAGAUCGCACAACUGCAGACCUUGGCCGACCAGCUGAUCGCUUCGGACCACUACGCGACCGACGCGAUCGACGACAAGCGCAAGCAGGUGCUCGACCGCUGGCGCCAUCUCAAGGAGGCGCUCAUCGAGAAACGGUCCAGACUGGGCGAUGAGCAGACCCUGCAACAGUUCUCUCGCGAUGCCGACGAGAUGGAGAACUGGAUCGCUGAGAAACUGCAGCUCGCCACCGAAGAGAGCUACAAGGACCCGGCCAACAUCCAGUCGAAGCAUCAGAAGCACCAGGCGUUCGAGGCGGAGCUGGCGGCCAACGCGGAGCGCAUCCAGUCCGUGCUCGCCAUGGGCGGCAACCUCGUGCAGCGCGGGCAGUGCAGCGGCAGCGAGGACGCCGUGCAGGCUCGUCUCGCCUCCAUCGCGGACCAAUGGGAGUUCCUUACCCAGAAGACCACUGAGAAGUCCCUCAAACUGAAGGAGGCCAACAAGCAGCGUACCUACAUCGCGGCCGUCAAGGAUCUGGACUUCUGGCUCGGAGUGGAGAGCUUGCUCACAUCGGAGGACUCCGGCAAGGACCUCGCCUCCGUGCAGAACCUGAUGAAGAAGCACCAGCUUGUAGAGGCUGAUAUACAGGCUCACGAGGAUAGGAUCAAGGACAUGAACGCGCAGGCGGACGCGCUGGUGUCGAGCGGACAGUUCGACAGCGCGGGUAUCGGCGCGCGGCGCUCCGCCAUCAACGAGCGGUUCGAGCGCGUGCGCAACCUGGCUGCGCACUGCCGCGCGCGCCUGCACGAGGCUAACACGCUGCACCAAUUCUUCAGGGACAUCGCCGACGAAGAGUCUUGGAUCAAGGAGAAGAAACUUCUCGUCGCCUCAGACGACUAUGGGCGUGAUUUGACCGGCGUCCAAAACCUUCUGAAAAAGCACAAGCGUCUUGAAGCCGAGCUGGCCAGCCACGAACCCGCCAUCCAGGCUGUGCAGGAGGCCGGCGAGAAGCUCAUGGACGUGUCUAACCUGGGCGUGCCCGAGAUCGAGCAGAGGCUGAAGGCUUUGGCCUUGGCCUGGGCUGAACUACAAGCGCUCGCGGCUGAGAGAGGCGCCAAACUGCAGCAGUCGCUUGCCUACCAGCAAUUCCUGGCUAAGGUUGACGAGGAGGAAGCAUGGAUCAGCGAGAAGCAGCAGCUGGUCGUGGUGGGCGAGUGUGGCGACAGCAUGGCGGCGGUGCAGGGGCUGCUGAAGAAGCACGAGGCGUUGGAGGCCGAGCUGGCCGCCCGCGCAGAGCGCGUGCGCGAGCUCGCCGCCGAGGGCGACGCACUGCUGCAGGCCGGCAACCUGCACCCGGACGCACUCGAUCACCGCAUCCGCGCGCUACAAGCCAAGCUGGAGAAACUGACUGGUUUGGCAGCGCGUCGCAAGGCCGCGCUGGUGGACAACUCGCUGUACCUGCAGCUGCUGUGGAAGGCGGACGUAGUGGAGUCGUGGAUCGCGGACAAGGAGACGCACGUGCGCUCCGAUGAGUUCGGACGAGAUCUUUCUACCGUGCAAACGCUGCUUACCAAGCAGGACACCUUCGAUGCAGGUCUAGCCGCAUUCGAGCAUGAGGGCAUCCAGAACAUCACCUCCCUCAAAGAGCAGCUGGUGGCCGCGAACCACGAGCAGACACCUGCUAUCGUGAAGCGGCACGCGGACGUGAUCUCGCGCUGGCAGCGACUGCUAGCUGACUCGGCAGCGCGCAAACAGCGUCUGCUGCAGCUGCAGGACCAGUUCCGCCAGAUCGAGGAAUUGUAUCUCACAUUCGCCAAGAAGGCAUCCGCUUUCAACUCGUGGUUUGAGAACGCCGAAGAAGACCUAACUGACCCCGUGCGCUGUAAUUCCAUCGAGGAGAUCAGAGCUCUCAAGGAUGCGCACGCGCAAUUCCAAGCGUCGCUGUCGUCGGCACAGAGCGACUUCGAGGCUCUGGCGGCGCUGGACGAGCAGAUCAAGUCGUUCAACGUGGGCGCUAACCCUUACACCUGGUUCACCAUGGAGGCGCUCGAGGAGACGUGGCGCAACUUGCGCAAGAUCAUUGCUGAGCGCGACAUCGAGCUGACGAAGGAGGCGCAGCGCCAGGAGGAGAACGACAAGCUGCGUAAGGAGUUCGCUAAACACGCCAACGCGUUCCACCAAUGGCUCACGGAGACACGCACGUCGAUGAUGGAGGGCACGGGCUCGCUGGAGCAGGAGCUCGCCACGCUGCGGCAGCGCGCCGGGGAGGUGCGCGCCAGACGCGCCGAUCUAAGACGCCUAGAAGAAUUGGGCGCCGCACUAGAAGAGCACCUGAUCCUGGACAACAGAUACACGGAGCACAGCACGGUGGGGCUGGCGCAGCAGUGGGACCAGCUCGACCAGCUCUCCAUGCGUAUGCAGCAUAACCUCGAGCAGCAGAUACAAGCCAGAAACCAUUCGGGUGUGAGCGAGGACGCUCUGAAGGAGUUCUCGAUGAUGUUCAAGCACUUCGACAAGGACCGCUCCGGUCGUCUCAACCACCACGAGUUCAAGUCGUGCCUGCGCGCGCUCGGCUACGACCUGCCCAUGGUCGAGGAGGGGCAGCCCGACCCCGAGUUCGAGGCUAUACUCAAUGUGGUGGAUCCGAAUCGCGACGGGCAAGUGUCGCUGCAGGAGUACAUGGCGUUCAUGAUCAGCAAGGAGACGGAGAACGUACAUUCAUCGGAGGAGAUCGAGAACGCGUUCCGCGCCAUCACCGCGCACCAGGACCGCGCCUACGUCACCAAGGAUGAGCUAUACGCUAACCUGACAAAGGAGAUGGCGGACUAUUGUGUAGCUCGCAUGAAACCUUACGUGGAACCGAAGACGGAACGACCCAUACCCAACGCUCUCGACUACAUAGACUUCACCCACACGCUGUUCCAGAACUAAGCACGCAGCACCGCCCGCGCAGUACCUUAUUUAACGCAUUAAAUAACAAAACAUA